CCUGGAAAUCCUCUUCCUGCUCAUGCCAUGUUGAUGUUGCUCACCGUUUGCAACAGACUGACAUGUUAGACAUCCAGUUCGAUCUUUUAAAACAUUUAACGAAGUUACAGCGACUAUGGACGACCGUGCGUUAGACCUGACACAGGCACAGGAAGCUGUCAAGGCAAAAUACCCACCAAUUAACAAGAAAUACGAAUACCUCGAUCAUACAGCAGAUGUACAAAUUCACGCCUGGGGAGACUCUCUGGAGGAAGCCUUUGAGCAGUGUGCCAUGGGCAUGUUCGGCUACAUGACAGACACAGAGACAGUGGAACCGCUAGAUACUCUUGACGUGGAAUCACAGGGUGAUGAUAUGGAGUCUCUCCUUUUCCACUUCCUAGAUGACUGGUUAUACAAGUUUAGUGCAGACCUCUUCUUUGUUCCCAGGGAGAUCAAGGUCUUGCACAUAGACAGGAUGCACUUCAAGAUCCGCUCCAUUGGUUGGGGUGAAGAAUUCUCUCUGGCAAAGCAUCCACAGGGGACUGAGGUGAAAGCCAUCACAUACUCUGCAAUGCAGAUCCACGAUAAAGAAAAACCAGAGAUAUUUGCCAUUGUUGAUAUCUAAGGAUACUUCCAGAUGAAGCGGACACUCCUGGUCCACUGAACUGGAAUUUCUACAUGGCCAAUUUAAGAGGCCUUUUAUGUAAGACACUUAUUACUACUGACUUGUAAAAUCAGGUUUUCUACAGUAGGCUGAACUCACUAACAGAAACAUUUCUUAUGGUUAUGUAUGCACACUGUACAAUGAAAGAGCUCUCAGACAGAUGAUGUAUGGUUUGAUACUACAUUGACAUUACAAGUUGCAUUAUUUCAGAAACCUUACAUGUAAAUGACAUGUCCAGGAUUAAAUGCAGAAAAAUAUACAUUGCAUUUAAAUAACAGAGCUUGAUUUUAGCACAUUCAUCAACCCAGUUUUAUUUGAAAUGCUUUUGAAAAAUCAUAUUUAUCAUAAACUUUGUUAUUGUGUUGGUGCCUUAUUAAUCAUUGUAAAUAAAUCAACAGAUGUUUAUUUUUUUCUGAGGAAAUUAAUAAAUUGCUGAAACUUA